CUACAGUGAAGACUAGCCAGCAGUGGAUGACUCUGCCCUGACACGCUAGCACUGAGUAUUGCUAGUAGGAGCUGGCUUGCCUCCAUUCAUUAAUUACACUGAAGCCUGGACUCAUAUUAUUAUUUCAGGUCGAAUUCAUAACAAAUAUUGACGCUAGUUUCUAGUGAAGAUGUCACCCAACCCGACAUUUGGUUGAACCCACUUGUGAAAUGGCCGGAAGGUCGCGUUCGGCUUUACCAACGCGUAAGAAGGACGCGGUGGAUGAGUUAUUCGCUCAUGAAAUUGCGGCAUACAAGCGGAAUGUGGAGAAGGUCCACUACGUGCGGAGGCUGCACGAGGACCGGGCAAAGGCAGAGAAGCUGCUGCGUGACCUGCUGAAGAAGCCAAGCCCGCAGUGUGAGGCGCUCAUGGCCAAGGCCUACAGGCUGGAGGACGCGGGCCACCUUGGGGCCGCCGCGGACGCCUACCUGCGCGUGCUCACAUGCCCCGACCAGGCUGACAACCACGAGCUGCGGGCGUACAUCGGCGAGCUGAUGGGCCGACUCAACAAGCAGCAAAUGCAGGCCAAGGCCAAGGCUGCGGAGGUGGAGAAGCAGCAGGAGGAGGCGUUGUUGGCAGGCGUGGCAGUGGCAGGGGCGCGGGCCCGCGGGCAGCAGGUGGUGGCGCAGCAGCGGCGGCCAGCCACGGCCGGGCCAGCGGUGCGGGGGCGGGCGGCGCCGCCGCCUCCGGGCGCAGUGGAGAUGUGGCGCGCGAGGCCGGUUGGCCCGCCCAUGCCCAUGAACCCGGAGGCCUACCGGGCCGAGUUGGCGGCGCAGGCCAUGGAGGUGCGGCGGCGGCGGGCGGCGGCGGCGCGGGAGGCAGAGCUGGCGGACCAGAAGCAGGUGGCGGUGGCGGCGGCACUGGAGGCACUGGAGCAGCACCGGCAGCGCGUGACGGCCGUCAAUGACCGCAUGGCCUACGGCAAUGAGCUGGCGCGGGAGAUAGCGGCGCGGGAGGAGGACCGGAAGCGGCGGCAGCUCAUGGAGUGGGACGAGCUCAAGGCCGCCGCCGAGGCGCGGCACGUGGGGCUGGGGCCACUGGGCGGCGUGGACGAGUACGACCGCCGCCGCCAGGCGGACUGGGAGGCGGCGGAGCGGUGGGAGCAGCGGGAGACGGUGCAUCGGGCGCACGCGCACCGGGCCCUGGCGCGCAACGCCUGGGAGGCGCCGGCCGACCCAAGGGCGCUGUACCACGCGGCGCAUGGCCACGACCCGCGUGUCAUGCAGGAGGAGUUGGCGUACCGUGCCGGCGGCCUGUCCCCCCACGGCAUCGGCCCGGCCUGGCGGGAACACGAGCACCUCUACUACAUCCCCCCGCCCGGCGGCCCGCACCAGCACGGCGGCCCCGUGGCCAUGGGACUCCGACACGACCGGCCCGCCUCCGCUGGCACGGUGGCACGGGCACAGGCGCUGGCACGGGAGCGGGAGCGGGAACACAACAACGCACUCAACUACAGCCGACACUACGUGCCGGGCCACCCGUACUCGGCGGCGGGCGGGGGCGGGCCGCCGCCGCAGGGCGGCUUGUGGCCGGGACCACCUCCGCCGGGCACGGCUGCGGGGGCGGGGAUAGGUGGCGGCGGCGGGUCGCCGCCGCGGCGGGCGCCGGGCGGCGGCGGCCCGGCGGCGCCGUUUGGCCGGCCGAGCGUUGACCGGCCCGUGGCGCCCAUCAAUGUCGAGGUUGUGAAGGCGCGGCAGCAGGCGUUCAUUGACAAGCGGCGGAAACCCGAGCCGCCGCCGCGGCCGCCGCAGGUGCCGCUGCGGGUGCGGAAGGCGGCAGGGCACCGGCCGGAGCAGCCCCAGAUAGUGGGAGGAGCGCACCUGGGGCCUUGGCCGCCUUCGCCUUGAUUAUUGUUGAUGUUGCUGAUUCAUAGCGGUGCACGUUGCUUUAUGCCAGGUGAUUCGGAGUGGCUUCCCUCGUGCUAGGCCUUGGCGCGCAUCUGCCGAGCACAGGCCGCACAUGCAUUUGUUCGCGGUAAGCGUUAGCGUUGUGUUGACUUUUGGCCGUGAUCUAACGUGUACAUCUUAAGCCGGUUAGGAUGGCGCUGCGUGUCCUGCAGUUCGGGACCAAGUGGUGAUCUCCCACUUAAAAGACGUCCAUGAUGCAAAGGCGCAUGUGACUGUAACAUCAGGCUGUU